AGAACACUGAUUUCAUUGUUAGCGGGAAAGAAGUGUCCCUAAUGAAGGCUUUAUGCCGCGUUAGCCUGGCAAUUGUAGACCUGUUGAAAAGAUAUGCUUUGCCUUAAACAUGUCAGAUGAUCCACUAUUCAAAGAUGUCACCUACUACAUUGUAGGUGACAUCGAUCAAAAGGUUAUAUCGCUGCUAAAUGAUGGCGGCGCCAAAAAAGAUUCGUACCUCAGUGAGAUGGUCAGCCAUGUGAUUGCGGAUGACUGUACCCAGAGUGAAUAUUCUGAGGCUAGGGAAUUGUUUGAACUUCCUGUUGUCACAAGUGACUGGGUCAGAUUAUCAGUUGCAUGCAAGAAACAGCUCAAUUUGGAGUUGUUUAGUCCAGAGGAUGUUAUCUUUAGUGGAGUGGUAGCUUGCUGCUCGGAGCUGACACUGGAAGAUACUAAUGCUUUGUGGGCAAUGUUAACAACCAAUGGAGGAAAGUGUCAACAAAAUCUGGACAAGCAGUGCACACAUCUUAUAACUGGAAACAGCCAUGGGGCAAAGUACGAAGAAGCUCUGAAACAUGAAGCUACCAUAAAGAUUGUGUGUCCUGACUGGGUGACAGAUACACUGGAAAAGAAGGAAAGGCAAGAUGAAUCUCUGUACCACCCCAAACUGCUGAAGUCACCAACAGACCUAGCCACACCUCCCUCCACCCCUCCACCAGCCAUUAACACCACCCCUCCCGAACCAACUCCCAUGGAUGUAGAGCAGCAGGAAGAACAAGCCAAGCAGCAAGCCAAACAGAAACUGAAGGCCCAGGCCUUGCAGCAACACGGACGGAUUCACCAGAAACAGGAAGUGGCUGUCAGUCGGUCGCCAGCCAAUCAGGUGAUUGCUCAGCAGCUAGCUGCCGCUGUUUUAGAGAAGAGACUAGCCGCCGAAGAAGGAGGUCACAAGGCCCGCCCCUCUACGUCCCCAGUGACCGCUAAUGCUAAACAAGCACUGGCCCAAAUGGUCAGCAGUCGGCUACAGGGAACUCGACCCCGACAGAAGUCUCCAGCUCGACCUGCUAUGCCACACCUAUCGCGGUCACCAGGGGCGGUGCCAACCAUGCCACAGAUGCUGCCAAUUCCAAACAUGCCACAAAUGGGGCUUCCUUCUUUCCUACCCCCUGAGAUGCAGAGGCCAGGAAUGCCCAGGCCUCUACGGAAUAUCACGAACAGGACGGAGCUUCCAGGAAAUAUGCCAGGAAUGAUGCCAAACUCUAUCAAGACAAAUCAAAGGAUGCCAUUCAACCCUGCUCUCCCUCCAUCCCACAGGCCUCCCCCACCCCGUUAUGUUCCUCCCUCGAUGAGUCAGCAGGGGCAGAUCCGUCCUUCAAUUUCAAUGCCCGCCACGUACUGGGGGCAUGACCCCUCAGAUAAUUUACCACCAGAGAUGUGUUUGCUAGGCUGUGUAUUCUACAUCACUGACUAUGUGAAGAUAGUAGGCCAGUCCGAGAUUGAUAAAUGGAAAAAGGUAAUAGAACAACAUGGGGGACAGGUGGACAAUGCCUACUCCAAUCGGGUCACUCACCUGUUGUGUGCCACCCAGCACACUGAUGUCUUCCACAUAGCUUUAAAGGACCAGAGGAGGGUUGUCACAGCCUUCUGGUUGAAUGAUGUGCUGGUUAAGAAAAAGAUGCUGCCUCCCUAUCAAGCUUUACAUCUGCCUAUCAUCUAUGGAGAAAAUAAACCCUGCAGCAACCAGCUUUUGUGUGUAACAAACUUUGAUGGAGAUGAACGCCUAAGAGUGAAGCAGAUGAUCCAUGCUAUUGGAGCCAAGUACACAGGCUACAUGACCCAUGGGAAUUCUGCAAUUAUAUGUGGCAGACCUAAUGGAACCAAAUAUGACAAAGCCAGUGAGUGGAAAAUUCCUGUGGUGAAUGUUCAGUGGCUGAGUGACCUAGUUUUAGGACAUCUAGAAGCUCUGAAAUUACCUUUGAAUCCAAAGUACAGAGUCCUUGGCCAGGAAAACCAAUUUAAUCUAGAUCUCUCGAAAGUAUUCCAUUUAAUGGUUGGGUGGCAAGUUCCUCUUAAAAUACAAAAAGAGACAUGGAAGAAAUUUAUCCCAAAUCAGAAAGUAAAAAGAAAUCAGGAGAAUGAAAAACAAAAGGAAGAUGUGGAUGGUGAGCCUGAUCUCAAGAAACAGAAACUGAGCAUUGAAGAUCCAAGUGUAAUACAAAACACUACUCAGCCUGUCAUUAUAUUCACUGGAUUUCCCAAAGGACAAGUCAGAAAGUUUCAAACGGUUGUGAGUCAGCUGGGAGGGAUUUCUACAGAGAACCCUCGACUGUGUACCCACCUUGUAGCUCCAUCCUUGUCCAGAACCAUGAAAUUCUUCGUAGCCAUCAAUGUGUGUAAACAUGUUGUCACAGGGGACUGGAUCGAGGCUUGUUUGGCACAAGGAGCUUUUGUUGAUGAAACUCCAUACAAACUAAAGGAUGAGGUAACAGAGAAAACCAUGAACUGUGUUUUGGAGGAUUCACUCAAACGUGCUCAAACUAAAAAGCUUUUUGAGGGCAUGUCCUUCUACAUAUCCCCCAGUGUCUCCCCGCCAAGUUCUGACCUUGAGAAAAUCGUGGAGGCGGCCGGAGGUCAGAUUCUCAAACAGCGACCAAACACACAGAUAUUUACGGAGCAUAAAGAUGAAAAUGGCAAUAUGAAGACUGUGAUGAUCACUUGUGAAAACGAUGUGAUGUUAUACAAGGAUUUAAUUGCUAAAGACAUUGCAAUCUUCAAUGCGGAGUUUAUCCUGAGCGGAGUGAUGCGACAGACUGUGGAUUUUAAGUCCUAUCAGAUUGAUGUUCACUGAUACAACAGAUUGUAAAUAGAUGUGCAUGUAAAAACUCUCCCUGCUGAUGUCCAUUGCCUCUUCUGUUGCUUUGCUCAGAGAAAUUGGCAUGGACGCAUUCACAGACCAGGAAGGUCUCUGAACGAAAAACCCCUACCCUUUCCCCCUCACUCAAGGAGAGUUUGAGAUACAGUAGUGUUUGAAAUACAAAGUCAAAGAAUGACUUUAACAAUCAAAACUAAAGCAAGGCAGCAAAACUAGCCAUGAAUUGCAUGCGCAUGGCUUGUUACAUGAUUUCUUGAAUUUAUAAGUGUGGUAGAAUAGCAAAAUUACUGUAUGUUGUUUAUGACGAGUAUGACUUUCUAUGACCCUUAAUCUGAGCAAUGUUCUUCUCCUGCUUUGCAAGUUUUAGAAGAUUUGUUGGAAAAAUGUGAAUGGACUUAAAAAUCGUGAAAUUUGAAGCUGGAUCUUGAUUAUAGGAGAAUUACCUGAAAACGAAAAAAAAUUUCCUACCUGUUUAAUAUAUAAGAUAUUGGUAAGGAAACUGUGUAUUUUAGUAUUUGAUAUAAAGAGGGUUUUUUCCCAAAAUAUUCAUGGUUUUAAUAUACGGUUUAAGUUUUCUGUACCUUUGGUUAGUACAGUCAUGCCUCUGAGUUGAGUGAAUAAAAUGUAAUUAAAGCAAUAUGAGCUGUAUUUUUUAGAAUUUUAUUUUGCUGCUAAAACCUGCUAGUAUACUAAGUCUGCUUGUAACUUAAACUUUUAUGAUGAAUAAGAUUUAAAAAAAUCAUUAAUUUUUGUCAAAGAAAAUAUUUCACGUAUAAGGAAUAUAUAGCAGAUCAAUUUUUGUACAGGACGACAAUAAUUCAAUUUUGCCCCAAUUAAGGCUUCUUAAUGGCUUUUCCCACAAAAACAGAGCUAACAGAAAUUUUAAAACCAUGAUAUUUUUUGUCAUUUUAGUAGAAAAUAACAUUUUCUUUAAAAAAAAUUUCAACAUGAAAAUUGCAGCUCAUAUUGCUCGUAUUGUUUAAAGAAUUCCAUAAUUUUAAAUUCUGUUGUUUUUACAAGCAAUUAUGUAGAUGCAGGUAUAUAGACAAUGUUUCUAAAACACCUCUAAUACUGCAGAAGGUUGUAGUGCUAUUGUGGAAUUUAGGAAGGGAGUCCAUUCCGUAGAAAUGAAAAUUAAAUAGACAUUGCUAACUUUGUUAUUAAAAAUGUAGGUUUAUAAUUUUGUGAGAAUAAAACCCAUGUUGAGCAUGUGA